AUGGCAGACGUAAAGACAGCCGAUGACAAUGUAUUUCUGUUUUACCCUAACCUAAUUGGGUACGGUCGAAUAGUACUAGCCGUUGUGGCCUGCUUUUUUAUGCUGGAUUCACCAGCAGUUGCUUCAUUUUGUUAUGGAUUGAGCGCUUUCUUGGACGCUUUCGACGGAUAUUUGGCUAGAAUGUACAAUCAAAGUAGGUCUUUUUUAGGUUUUUAGUUACUGUAAUAUCAAAGACUAUUGGAUAGUGCUAAUAUACAUUGAAUAAGAUCUAUAAGAUUGUUAUCAAUGAUGAUAUAAAACCAGUUGUACCUGUAUUAUUAGCCAGUUGAACCUAUAUUAUCAGCCAGUUGUACCUAUUUUAAUAUAAUAACUCAUUUCUAGGUUCCCGAUUUGGUGCCAUGUUGGAUCAACUGACUGACAGAUUGGCCUUUGUCGGCUUGCUUAUGGCCUUAUGUGCUCUAUAUCCAAGAUGGAUGUUCUUCUUCCAGUUGGUAGUUAUCAUUGACAUUGCGUCACAUUGGUUACACCUUCAUGCUACUGAUCUUACUGGCAAACAAUCACACAAAUCCUCGGAGAACCCAUUGUUACAUUACUAUUAUACUUCAAGGUAGGCCUGGUUUUUUUGUUUGGUAGGGCAUGGUAAGGUAGGAUACGGUAGGGUAAUAUAUAGUAGAGAAAGGCAGGGCAGAGUAAGGAAGGAUAAGGUAAUAUAGAGUGGUAGGAUUGAUAAUACUGUAACUUUUCUUAACGUAAAAACCUUUACAGACCAUUUCUAUUCUUCAUGUGUUUUGGCAACGAAGCCUUCUACGGCUUCCUGUAUCUGAAUGCCUUCUGGACUGGUCCCAACCUUCUUCUCGGCAUCACUCCAAUGAAAAUCCUAAUGGCUCCAUUCUGUGUCGUGGCUAUUAUCAAGACCGGAAUCUCGAUUGUGCAUCUCCUCACAGCUUCACAAGCAGUUGUUGAACAUGAUCAGUCUUUGAGAGCUAAAGCGAAAUAA